AACCCCACUGUCAUGCCUAUAAAUCCCAAGAGCAAAGGGUGGCACGAUUCCUCCCGCGCCCCUGCGGGCUGAAGGCGGGCACUAAAGCAGUGCAGUUCCAAGCUUCCCCUGCAGAAGCCACGCUCCUGACUUGGUCCGGUGAUAGAGGGGGCGCGAGAGAGCAAGUGGGCGGGCGUCCCAUCCUCCGCAUCCUCCUCCAAGUCCUGGCGCGCAGGGAGGGAGCGCUGCGCUGCGCCGGGCUGCGCAUCGCGGCCCACUUGCCGCCUGUCCCCUGCCCUGGCUGGGCCACCUCCCCGGGCUGCCGGUGGAGGGCUUCGAGGCGCUAACGUUACGCUGUUUCCGGUUUUCCAGAGGGCUCUGUUUCCCCUCCCAAGGCGGCGGCGGCUGAGCGGCGGAGCCCCCCAAAUGGCCUGGCCAGAUGCGGCAGGUUUGCUGCUCAGCGCUGCCGCCGCCACUGGAGAAGGCUCGGUGCAGCAGCUACAGCUACAGCUACAGCGACAGCAGCAGCAGCAGCAGCAGCAGCAACAGCAGCAGCAGAAGCAGCAGCAGCAGAAGCAGCAGCAGCAACAGCAGCAGCAGCAGCGAGAGCGGCGGCAGCAACAGCAACAGCGGCAGCAGCAGCAUCUCCCGUCCCGCUGCGCCCCCAGAGCCGCGGCCGCAGCCACAGCCGCAGCCCCGCAGCCCCGCAACCCCGAGAGCCGCCGCCCGCUCGCGAGCCGCAGCCGCCGGCGGCAUGAGGCGCGACCCGGCCCCCGGCUUCUCGAUGCUGCUCUUCGGUGUGUCGCUCGCCUGCUACUCGCCCAGCCUCAAGUCGGUGCAGGACCAGGCGUACAAGGCACCCGUGGUGGUGGAGGGCAAGGUACAGGGACUGGCCCCGGCAGGCGGCUCCAGCUCUAACAGCACCCGCGAGCCGCCCGCCUCGGGUCGGGUGGCGCUGGUGAAGGUGCUGGACAAGUGGCCGCUCCGGAGCGGGGGGCUGCAGCGCGAGCAGGUGAUCAGCGUGGGCUCCUGUGUGCCGCUCGAAAGGAACCAGCGCUACAUCUUUUUCCUGGAGCCCACUGAGCAGCCCUUAGUUUUUAAGACGGCCUUUGCCCCGGUCGACCCUAACGGCAAAAACAUCAAGAAAGAGGUGGGCAAGAUCCUGUGCACUGACUGCGCCACGCGGCCCAAGCUGAAGAAGAUGAAGAGCCAGACAGGAGAGGUGGGUGAGAAGCAGUCGCUCAAGUGUGAGGCGGCGGCGGGGAACCCCCAGCCUUCCUACCGCUGGUUCAAGGACGGCAAGGAGCUCAACCGGAGCCGCGACAUCCGUAUCAAGUACGGCAAUGGCAGAAAGAACUCACGACUACAGUUCAACAAGGUGAAGCUGGAAGACGCUGGGGAGUAUGUCUGUGAAGCUGAGAACAUCCUUGGGAAGGACAGCGUGAGGGGCCGGCUCCAUGUGAACAGCGUGAGCACCACUCUGUCAUCAUGGUCGGGGCAUGCCCGGAAGUGCAACGAGACGGCCAAGUCCUACUGUGUGAAUGGAGGCGUGUGCUACUACAUCGAGGGCAUCAACCAGCUCUCCUGCAAGUGUCCUGUGGGAUACACCGGGGACAGGUGUCAGCAGUUCGCAAUGGUCAACUUCUCCAAGCACCUUGGAUUUGAAUUAAAGGAGGCUGAGGAGCUGUACCAGAAGAGAGUCCUGACCAUUACUGGCAUCUGUGUGGCUCUGCUGGUCGUGGGCAUCGUCUGUGUGGUCGCCUACUGCAAGACCAAAAAACAGCGGAGGCAGAUGCAUAACCAUCUCCGGCAGAACAUGUGUCCAGCCCACCAGAACCGGAGCCUGGCCAAUGGGCCCAGCCACCCUCGGCUGGACCCUGAGGAGAUCCAGAUGGCAGAUUACAUCUCCAAAAAUGUGCCAGCCACAGACCACGUGAUCCGGAUGGAAACUGAGACCACGUUCUCUGGGAGCCGCUCCUGCUCACCUUCUCACCACUGCUCCACGGCCACGCCCACCUCCAGCCACAGACAUGAGAGCCACACGUGGAGCCUGGAACGCUCGGAGAGCCUGACCUCGGAUUCCCAGUCGGGCAUCAUGCUGUCGUCGGUGGGCACCAGCAAGUGCAACAGCCCGGCAUGUGUGGAGGCGCGGGCACGGAGGGCGGCAGCCUACAGCCAGGAGGAACGGCGCAGGGCUGCCAUGCCACCCUACCAUGACUCCAUAGACUCCCUGCGUGACUCUCCACACAGUGAGAGGUACGUGUCGGCCCUGACCACGCCCGCGCGCCUCUCGCCCGUGGACUUCCACUACUCGCUGGCCACGCAGGUGCCGACUUUCGAGAUCACGUCGCCCAACUCUGCGCAUGCCGUGUCGCUGCCGCCCGCCGCGCCCAUCAGCUACCACGCGGACGACGACGCGGACGGGGCGCUGGCGGCCGAGAGCACGCCUUUCCUCGGCCUGCGAGCGGCGCACGACGCGCUGCGCUCGGACUCGCCGCCGCUGUGCCCGGCGGCCGACAGCAGGACUUACUACUCCCUGGACAGCCACAGCACGCGCGCCAGCAGCAGACACAGCCGUGGGCCGCCCACGAGGGCCAAGCAGGACUCGGGGCCCCUCUAGGGCCCCACCCCCGCCUCGCCCACCCCGGGUCUCCAGGGAGAGCGGAGACCACCGACUGGAGAGGGAAUAGGAGCAAACAAAGAAAUAAAAAUAUUUUUAUUUUCUAUAAAAAGGAAAAAAAGUAUAACAAAAUGUUUUAUUUUCAUUUUAGCAAAAAAAAAUUGUCUUAUAAUACUAGCUAACGGCAAAGACGUUUUUAUAGGGAAACUAUUUAUAUGUAACAUCCUGAUUUACAGCUUCGGAAAAAAAAAAGAAACAACAAAAAAAAAAAGAGAGAUGGGCCAAUUUUUUGACUCUUUAAUAGAAACCUAUAUUGUGGUGCCUUUUGCUGUACGCUAAUCUGGGGCUCCUGGAGAGUCGUCUGGGGUGCAGGGUGGGGAUGGGCGCUUGUAGGAUCCCAAACCAGUGGAGGUGAGAAAAGGCAGGGAAAGAAGAGACAGACCGAGGUUCUAAUGUCCCUGAGGCUAGUGGACAGUGAGGAAGAACGUGAAGACAAGGCAGAGUUUUAUCUUCCCCAGUCCAAAUCUGGAGUCCAGGGCAGAGAGAGCGGGGAUCCUAAGCUUACAGCUGGAAUUGAGGUCGGCUUACUUCCAGGGGGAGACACAGGCCCCCCCACUACAGCGACUAGAAUGGGGAGGGGUCCUCCCCGCUCCUCACAGCUGCUAAGGGAAAGAGGACAGAGAAGGCAGUCUCCCCACCAGCCCCCGGCCUAGGGAGGGGGCAGCCUCUACAGGGGCCCAACCUUCACGGCUCCUCCUCCCCUGCGGCCUCCAGGAUAGCCUCUGCCCUCUGCAGCACCUUCGUUUACAGGUCGUCUUUUCUAUUUUACGCCUGCAUGUCCUUUGCAUUUCAGAUUCUUUAGAUUGAAUGCAUGGUCACGCUGGGACCCAGAAGAGCCACUCCGACAGUGUAUUCGAUUCCCCUUUUAGCAAUAAAGUAACACCGUGUCCUCACAGCCCAGCCCCCACCCCACCUAUGACUUCCAUCCUCCAGUCCUGCCCACCCCGGCCCUCACAACUGGAUCCAAUGCUAAUUUGUCAAAAAUGGCAAUUGUCUAAAAAAAAAAAACAGACAAGAAAAAAAAAAAAUCCCAAACAGGAGCAAACGGGAAAUCCUGACAUGUCCAAACACCUGACUGUUGACACUUGAACAUUUUUAUAUUAUAAAUAAAAUCAGAACUAAUUCCUGUU